UACACAGUAGUGAAGAAGACAUCCAGUGAGUGUGAGAUACUCAACAGCCAUCCCCGUGUGUCAGGAGGACUGAGUAGAACCCAGAGCCCAAUCACGGUGCCUCCACCUGACUCACUGACACAUGAGAGACACAAUGACCAAAAGAUCCUGGAACUCACCAACAAGAUCAUUCAGCUGCUGACUGGAGAGGAGGUGGAGUGUAUAGAGGAACACAGGGGUCUGUACAAGGACUUGAUGAUGGAGAAUCACCGGCCCCACACAUCACUGGAAGGACCCAGUAACAGAGAUACCCCAGAGAGAUGUCCCCGUCCUCUGUAUUCCCAGGACUGUACAGAGGAGAAUCACAGGAUCCCACAGGAGGAUCAGGGUGAAGCCCAAUUAAAUAAUAUUAAAAUCAAAGAUACAGAGGGAGAAGAAGAGACAUAUGUGACUGAUAUAAAGGCAGAAGAUACAGAGGGAGAAGAAGAGACGUAUGUGACUGAUAUAAAGGCAGAAGAUAUAGAUGGAGAAGAAGAGACGUAUGUGACUGAUAUAAAGGCAGAAGAUAUAGAGGGAGAAGAAAAGACGUAUGUGACUGAUAUAACGGCAGAAGAUAUAGAUGGAGAAGAAGAGACGUAUGUGACUGAUAUAAAGGCAGAAGAUAUAGAGGGAGAAGAAGAGACGUAUGUGACUGAUAUAAAGGCAGAAGAUACAGAGGGAGAAGAAGAGACGUAUGUGACUGAUAUAAAGGCAGAAGAUAUAGGGGGAGAAGAAGAGACGUAUGUGACUGAUAUAAAGGCAGAAGAUAUAGGGGGAGAAGAAGAGACGUAUGUGACUGAUAUAAAGGCAGAAGAUACAGAAGGAGAAGAAGAGACGUAUGUGACUGAUAUAAAGGCAGAAGAUAUAGAGGGAGAAGAAGAGAUGUAUGUGACUGAUAUAAAGGCAGAAGAUAUAGAGGGAGAAGAAGAGACGUAUGUGACUGAUAUGAAGGCAGAAGAUACAGAGGGAGAAGAAGAGACGUAUGUGACUGAUAAAAAGGCAGAAGAUAUAGAUGGAGAAGAGGAGACGUAUGUGACUGAUAUAAAAGCAGAAGAUACAGAGGGAGAAGAAGAGACGUAUGUGACUGAUAUAAAGGCAGAAGAUAUAGAGGGAGAAGAAGAGACGUAUGUGACUGAUAUAAAGGCAGAAGAUAUAGAGGGAGAAGAAGAGACGUAUGUGACUGAUAUAAAGGCAGAAGAUAUAGAGGGAGAAGAAGAGACAUAUGUGACUGAUAUAAAGGCAGAAGCUAUAGAGGGAGAAGAAGAGACGUAUGUGACUGAUAUGAAGGCAGAAGAUAUUGCGGGAGAAGAAGAAACGUAUGUGACUGAUAUGAAGGCAGAAGAUACAGAGCGAGAAGAAGAGACGUAUGUGACCGAUAUAAAGACAGAAGAUAUAGAGGGAGAAGAAGAGACGUAUGUGACUGAUAUAAAGGCAGAAGAUACAGAGGGAGAAGAAGAGACGUAUGUGACUGAUAUAGAGACAGAAGAUACUGAGGAAGAAGAAGAGACGUAUCUGAAGGGUGAUCAGCAGUGUAAGGAGGAGGAGAUCCCUACAGAUAUCAGCACAGCAGGUGGACACACAAGCAGGAAUAUCUCAGAAGGACAUCUAAUGUUAUCCCCGGAUUGUGACAUAAAAGAUAAUGACAGUAGACAGGAUUCUCCAGGAGAUAACCCCAUUACCCCAAUUAUACAUCCAGCUCUAUCAGCUGAUCCCUCUGAUCCAGUGAAAUGUUCUCCUGAUCACUCUGAUAUUGGUGCAUCUGUUACAGCUCUGAGAGUAGAUAAUGAGUUUCCCUGUUCUGUAGAUGCCAAAUGUUUUACACAGAACACAAACCUUAUUACCCAUCAUCCAGCUAAGGCAGGUGAGAGGCCAUUUCCAUGUUCUGAGUGUGGGAAAUGUUUUACAUAUAAAUCAUAUCUUGUUACACAUCAGAGAAAUCACACAGGUGAGAAGCCGUUUUCCUGUUCUGAGUGUGGGAAAUGUUUUGCAUGGAAAUCAGCUCUUGUUAAACAUCAGAAAAGUCACUCAGGUGAGAAGCCGUUUUCCUGUUCUGAGUGUGGGAAAUGUUUUACACAGAAAUCAGCUCUUGUUCCACAUCAGAGAAGUCACACAGGUGAGAAGCCGUAUUCCUGUUCUGAGUGUGGGAAAUGUUUUACACAGAAAUCAGCUCUUGUUCCACAUCAGAGAAGUCACACAGGUGUGAAGCCGUUUUCCUGUUCUGAGUGUGGGAAAUGUUUCGCAUUUAAAUCAGUUCUUGUUAAACAUCAGAAAAGUUACUCAGGUGAGAAGCCGUAUUCCUGUUCUGAGUGUGGGAAAUGUUUUACACAGAAAUCAUCUCUUGUUACACAUCAGAGAAGUCACACAGGUGAGAAGCCGUUUUCCUGUUCUGAGUGUGGGAAAUGUUUUGCACAGAAAUCAUCUCUUGUUACACAUCAGAGAAGUCACACAGGUGAGAAGCCGUAUUCCUGUUCUGAGUGUGGGAAAUGUUUUGCACGGAAAUCAGAUCUUGCUACACAUCAGAGAAGUCACACAGGUGAGAAGCCAUUUCCAUGUUCUGAGUGUGGGAAAUGUUUUACAUCUAAAUCAUAUCUUGUUAGACAUGAGAGAAGUCACACAGGUGAGAGGCCAUUUUCCUGUUCUGAGUGUGGGAAAUGUUUUGCAUGUAAAUCAGUUCUUGUUACACAUCAGAGAAGUCACACAGGUGAGAAGCCGUAUUCCUGUUCUGAGUGUGGGAAAUGUUUUUCAUCGAAAUCACAUCUUGUUAGUCAUCAGAGAAGUCACACAGGUGAGAAGCCAUAUUCCUGUUCUGAGUGUAGGAAAUGUUUUGCACGGAAACCAGCUCUUGUUAUACAUCAGAGAAGUCACACAGGUGAGAAGCCAUAUUCCUGUUCUGAGUGUAGGAAAUGUUUUGCACGGAAACCAGCUCUUGUUAUACAUCAGAGAAGUCACACAGGUGAGAAGCCGUAUUCCUGUUCUGAGUGUGGGAAAUGUUUUGCACACAAAUCACAUUUUGUUAUACAUCAGAGAAGUCACACAGGUGAGAUGCCGUAUUCCUGUUCUGAGUGUGGGAAAUGUUAUUCAUCGAAACCAGAUCUUGUUAUACAUCAGAGAAGUCACACAGGUGAGAAGCCAUAUUCCUGUUCUGAGUGUGGGAAAUGUUUUGCAUGGAAAUCACAUCUUGUUACUCAUCAGAGAAGUCACACAGGUGAGAAGCCAUAUUCCUGUUCUGAGUGUAGGAAAUGUUUUGCACGGAAACCAGCUCUUGUUAUACAUCAGAGAAGUCACACAGGUGAGAAGCCAUAUUCCUGUUCUGAGUGUGGGAAAUGUUUUUCACACAAAUCACAUUUUGUUAUACAUCAGAGAAGUCACACAGGUGAGAUGCCGUAUUCCUGUUCUGAGUGUGGGAAAUGUUAUUCAUCGAAACCAGAUCUUGUUAUACAUCAGAGAAGUCACACAGGUGAGAAGCCAUAUUCCUGUUCUGAGUGUGGGAAAUGUUUUGCAUGGAAAUCACAUCUUGUUAUACAUCAGAGAAGUUACACAGGUGAGAAGCCGUAUUCCUGUUCUGAGUGUGGGAAAUGUUUUGCACACAAAUCACAUUUAGUUAUACAUCAGCGAAGUCACACAGGUGAGAAGCCAUUUUCCUGUUCUGAGUGUGGGAAAUGUUUUUCAUCGACAUCACAUCUUGUUAUACAUCAGAGAAAUCACACAGGUGAGAAGCCGUAUUCCUGUUCUGAGUGUGGGAAAUGUUUUUCAUCGACAUCACAUUUUGUUAUACAUCAGAGAAGUCACACAGGUGAGAAGCCGUAUUCCUGUUCUGAGUGUGGGAAAUGUUUUUCAUCGACAUCACAUCUUGUUAGACAUCAGAGGAGUCACACAGGUGAGAAGCCAUUUUCCUGUUCUGAUUGUGGGAAAUGUUUUUCAUCGACAUCACAUCUUGUUAGACAUCAGAGAAGUCACACAGGUGAGAAGCCAUAUUCCUGUUCUGAGUGUGGGAAAUGUUUUGCACGGAAAUCAGUUCUUGUUAAACAUCAGCGAUUUCACAGAUGAGAGGCCAUUUUCAUGCUGUGAGAGAAAUAAAUCUGCUCUUGUUGAACAUAUUAGACAUUACCCAAGUACGGAACCAUUUACAUCUUCUGGAGUAUAAUUAUCACUGUCGUCCAAUGUUCCUCAAGGGUGAAUCCGAUCUCUUAUGCUUUAUAAAAUAUACAUGCUACCACUGGGUGAUAUAAUCAGACGUCAUGGCCUGGUCUACCACUGCUAUGCAGAUGACCUGCUUUUUGCACCAUGUACUGAGAACCUAAUACCAAUCCUAAAUGGUUGUCUAGCUGAGCGCCAGGGGUGGAUGAUGCCAGUUGGCUGUGACUCAGUCUUUGUGAAACAUAAUAGAAGCUCCCGAACAAAGGACAAGCUUUACCAACCAUCUGGAUUUAUGCUUUGGUGUUCAGAAUUGCAAAAUACUGAACAUGUGCUGAAUCUUUGUGUUGUCCUGGUAUGUGGCUGACACAGACAUCAGGUAUCCACCACAUACAAAUCCUCGUUCUUUCAUCUGUGGACCAUAGCCAGAAUCAAGCACUUGAUUCCCUCAGAAGUUCAUAGACUACUGCAAUGCCAUCUACCUGGGUCUCCCAGCAAAAGAAUUACAGAGCUUGCAGCUAGUACAGAAUGCAGCAGCCAAGCUGUUACCUAACCAGCUAAUUCCUGCCACAUAACACCCAUUCUCUACUCCCUUCACCGGCUGCCUGUAAGAUGACAAAUCUAUUUCAUAAUUGGCUAACUGACCUUCCCAGCCCAACAUUACAUGGUCCAAGGUACUAGAAGCAGCUUCUGCCUCCUUACUGCCCUGCUUGCUUGCUUGCUUGCUUGCUUCUACAGAUGGACUGUUACCAGCAGUACCAAGAAUCUCCUGUCAUUCAUUUAUGGGUUGAACGUUUAGCUUUGACCAUGGAACUCACUGCCUUGCACAGUCCAAGAGGCCUCCACUCUAAAGACCUUCACAAGCAGACUGAUGACUGUUACUCACGCUUUUCAUUAAUGUAUCUCUAUUUACUUCCUAAAUAAUACAUCCCAAAGGCUUAGGUCUUUUUUCUGCUGUUUAUUUUGUAUCUUGUGCUUUGUGUAAAUGUGAAUGUCUAAUACCAGUUUCCACAAUCUGUAUUGCUGCACGACAAUAUGGCGACCAUUGGAACGUGUUUUCACUUCUUCUAGUUUACCUAACUUGUUGCAGACACUCAUCUUGAUCAGGAGUGCUGAGUGUUUUCUGAUACAAGAUCCUAUCCAUAUAUACCCUGUACAUUAUCAUGUGCAUUAGAGUCACCCGGGUUCCAUCUGCGGUGGUUUGUUGUAUGUUACAUCUAUAUGGUGCAGAUAC